GUAGCUACGACGGUUCAAAACUUUAUUAGCAAAUCAUCCGUGUUCCAGUGACACGUGACACACCCCGGAAGUGGGUGACGUCGCAGAACAACAAAGAUGGCAGGAAUGGGUAGCAGCAACUACUGGGAGGAUCUGCGAAAGCAGGCCAGACAGUUGGAGAAUGAACUUGACCUGAAGUUGGUCUCCUUCAGUAAACUGUGCACCAGCUACAGCAGCUCGAGGGAUGGACGCCGAGGAGACACGUCGGACACCACCCCACUGCUAAACAACUCUACCCAGGACAGGAUGUUUGACACCAUGUCUGUGGAGAUUGAACAGCUCCUUGCCAAGCUGACAGCAGUGAACGACAAGAUGGCGGAGUACACCAACGCCCCGGGUGCGUCAUCUCUCAAUGCUGCAUUAAUGCACACGCUCCAGAGACACAGAGACAUCCUACAGGAUUACACACAUGAAUUCCACAAAACCAAAGGCAACUUCCUGGCCAUCCGGGAAAGGGAAGACCUUCUCGGAUCUGUCAGGAAAGACAUUGAGUCAUACAAGAGUGGCUCCGGAGUCAACAACAGAAGAACAGAGCUGUUUCUAAAAGAACAUGAGCACCUGAGAAACUCGGAUCGACUGAUGGACGACACAAUAAGCAUCGCAAUGGCGACUAAGGAGAACGUGACCUCCCAAAGAGGAAUGCUGAAAUCUAUACAGAGCAGAGUCAACACACUGGCCAACCGUUUCCCAACAAUCAACAAUCUCAUCCAGAGAAUCAACCUGCGAAAGAGAAGGGACUCUCUCAUCCUCGGCACAGUGAUCGGCAUCUGCACCAUUCUCCUCCUGCUUUAUGCUUUUCACUGAGGACCUCCAGUCAGGAUUUAACUUCUCUUCAUUGUGUUGGAUCCCCUCCCCCACCACCCACCCCCCGGACACUGGACUCAGUUGUUGGUCGACCCUGGAGACUCCUGAGCAGAAGGACAUUAAGUUGGUCCAGUUCUGGAAAAAAAAAGAACACAUUUGGCCAACAUAUUCUACUGAACCUGUAUUUAGCAGUGGGACAGAUGGAGGGGUAGUGGUUGGGUGUUCUUUUGCCAACCUGUGAAUGGAGACCAAAAGUACAAAUGAGACUAGAUUUUUUUUUUUUUUUUUUUAAAUAUUGCUAACUCACUUGGAGAGAGUGGGUGAUAUGUUAAAAGUGUAAAGAGACUGAGACCAUGUGAUCAUUUUUUGCUUUGUUUUCAUUGACAGGUGGAAGGAUUUUAAGUUGAAUGGUCAUUUUUAAUUGAAGGAGUGGGAUUGAUAGUUCAUUGUGGACUGUAAAAUGUGAAUUAAUAAAUUAUUCAUAUCGGUAUGUGCAAAGAAAAAGUGUCUGACACUACUAGAUACUCAUUUAAAACAUUUUAUUUUUCAAAAUAUAUCAUUUUAACUCUG